CAUGAGUGUUGACCAGAUGUCAUCCUUGUAUAGUCAAGGAACAACAAAAACGUACCACAUUCCUAUUGAGCAUCUAGACUACAAAUACAUAGAACAAUGUACUGAUGUUAAGUAUUUGGAAAGGAUUCUCAGGAUAUUAAGAUCUGGCGAGGAAGGCUUAUAUCCUGAUCUUGUAUUAUUUUGUGAAAAACACAUUGAGACUUUGGCUCCAAAUAGCAGAGUUUUACGAAGAGAAAAGCCUGCAGCCACUGCUUCUGACUUUACUGCUGAGGAAUGGGAAAAAAUAAACAAUGAAAUGAAGAGGUGGCUUACGGACAUGAAGGAAGAGGAAUAUAAAAUGCAGUAUGCUACAACUGAUGUUUUCAAGGACCACUUGGAAAAUUUGCCACCAGUUCGCAAUGCAGACUCUUAUCAGAGCAAACCCUCCAAAAAAAGCCAAGUAAAGAAGAAAAAUAUACCCAGGGAUUACAAGGAGUGGGAUAAGUUUGAUGUGGAAACCGAAUGUGCAAAUAUUGAUGGAAAUGAAGGAAAUACAUUUUCAAAAAGCAGUUUUAAUGUUAAUGCAAAGUUACCAAAAAUGGAAGUAGACACAACAGGCAUGACUACAAAAGAAAAGAGCUUAGUUGCCAAUCGCGAAAAAGAGAAAGGUAAUGAAGCAUUUGUCACAGGAGAUUAUAAAGAAGCAAUUGCCUACUAUAUUCGGAGCAUAUCAGCAUAUCCUACUGUGGCUGCAUACAAUAACAAAGCUCAGACUGAAAUAAAACUUCAGAACUGGGAUGUUGCUCUUCAUGAUUGUGGAACUGUUUUAAAAAUGGACCCUGGAAAUAUAAAAGCUCUUAUGCGCCGGGCUACUGUUUACAACCAUUUGCAGAAUUUCAAAGCAGCUGCAGAAGAUCUGAAGAAGGUGCUACAAAUGGAGCCAAAAAAUGCUAUAGCUGAAAAAAAGCUGUCAGAUAUUGAGAAGAAUCUGAAAGAGACAGAACCGAAACCUCAGAGCCAGAUCAAGGGGAGAAGAAUAUUUAUCCGUGAUAUAGAAAAAUCUGAUGGUGAUGAACAAGAAGGAGGAAAUGAAGGAGAACUAGAAGAUGGCAGUAAGGAUAAAAAAGCUGCGGUGCUAGUGGGAGGAGAUAUCACAAGUGAGAAGACUGAAAUGGGGAAUGCACAAAAGAAGUUCCCCAGCAAAGGAGAUGGCUGUAAAUCAGAAAACAAGGAUACCCGGAAGACCAAAGACCCUCCAGAGAACAGUAAAAAAGGUUUCCCUGAAAAAAAGAAACCAAACAUUUUGCAAGAGAGUGAAAAUGACGCAAAUGGUUAUUUGAGCCGUGCCAAAAAUUCUAGUGUAAACAGGGAAGAAAAACCGAAGGUUGCGGAAUCAUCCCCAGCUGGAGUAAGCAGAACUACUUUGCUUCCUCCUAUUGCAGCAACACUGAAAGCUGAAGGAAAUGAAUUAUUCAAGAAUGGACAGUUUGGAGAGGCCACUCUCAAGUACUCAGAAGCAAUUGACAAUGUCAUCAGUUCGGGAAUCCAGUGUCCAGAGGAUCUAUGUAUUUUGUAUUCAAACAGAGCAGCAUGCUAUCUAAAAGAAGGAAACUGUACUGACUGCAUUCAGGACUGUAACAGUGCAUUGCAACUUCAUCCAUAUUCUCUCAAACCUCUCCUGCGUCGAGCGAUGGCCUAUGAGUCUAUGGAACGAUAUCGACAAGCAUAUGUUGAUUAUAAAACAUUACUGCAAAUAGACAGUGGAAUCCAGGUAGCAAAUGACAGUGUUAACAGGAUAACAAGAACUCUAAUAGAUCAGGAUGGCCCAGACUGGAGGGAGAAGCUGCCCCCAAUUCCUGUUGUUCCUGUGUCUGCUCAGUUACACUGGUGGGAUGGAGAAAACUUUACUUCAGAGGCAAAACAAAAGAAAACUUCAGCCAAAAGUGGAGAUCAGAAAUCACAGUCAACAAGUGAAAAUCCAGAAGAAAUCUUCAAGAUUCUUAAGAAGCAGGGAAAUGACUUUGUGAAAAAGGGUAACUGUGUAGAAGCAUUGAAGAAAUACAAUGAGUGUAUAAAGUUAAAGCCCCAGGAACUGACCAUUUACACUAACAGGGCUCUUUGUUAUUUGAAAUUAUCUCAAUUUGAAGAAGCCAAAAAGGACUGUGAUUAUGUUCUUCAGACAGAUGGCUGUAAUGUAAAAGCUUUAUACAGAAGAGCCCUAGCAUUCAAAGGAUUAGAGAACUACAAAGCCAGUGUUGAUGAUUUGAAUAAAGUUCUUCUAAUAGAUCCACACAUUGAUGAAGCAAAGAAGGAACUGCAAGAAACCAUUCAGUUACUAAAAGUCAAAAAUGAUGUUACAGACAACACACCACAAAAGCAAAGGAAAAAAAUUGAAAUUCAAGAGGCAAAUGAUGAUGAAGAGGAAGAGGGUGCAAAAAUCAAUGGUUCAGGAACUGAUGCAGUAAAAUGCCAUAGUGCUAAAGGAGAAUUUGAAACAACUGUGCCAUUGAAUAGUUCAGAGAAGCUGAUAAUUUCUAAACCAUCAAAUGCCUAUGAAUUUGGUCAGAUGAUAAAUGCUGUGAAUGCCAGUAAGGACAUCACUGCUUGUGCAGAGCUCUUGAGGGUGACUGAGCCAAAAGAUCUGCCAGUAUUUCUGAGCAACAAACUGGAAGGAAGUGUUUUUUUGAUCUUUAUCCAAGCCCUUCAAUCAGAUGUGUUUAGCAAGGACCCUGACCUUGUGUACCAGCAUCUUGUUCAUCUGAGCAAAGCUGAAAGAUUUAAGAUGGUCCGGUCUUUACUUAAUAAGAACGAAGUGGAACGAGUUCGACGGCUAUUUGAUUCUCUUGCCAAAGAGCAAAAACGAGAGUUUUCUUUAAGUGAUCUGGAGAGCCUUAAGAGAGACUUUGAACUUUAAAGAACUUCAUUUUGGAUUUUGCCUCUUGCAUGAAAUAUCUUGAUGCUUGUAGGACAGGCAUAUAAACUAUGCAGACUUGCAUGGGAGGAAAGCCAGUCUUUUAUCUGGACUGUUUGAUAAUGCUGUACAUUUUUUUGACAUGCACACUGAAAAACUGUUUUUUCCAUCCUGCAUAUUUUGUAUUCUCGUCGACAUUUGCAUGACUGUAUAUUAAUGGGCCUGUUUACUCACUACUUGGCUCAUUCAGUUGCAUCAAGUAACUGGGAGUAGGCCCCAGAUUUACAUACUGUUCUCACUGGGUAAGUAGUGGUCAGGAAGGGAAUGGGAAUGGUUCUGAGUCUGAGGAAAGGGUUAUGAGCCAACCAAGGACGUAGCCCUCUGUGCCAAGUAGAUACACCCCCUCCCUGCAAUUGCAGCUCUGUAACACAGUAUGUUGAUCUAAUACUAUACUCUACUACAGUAACAUGUAUUCCUUAAGUUGUAGGUUUUGGUUCAUAUGUUCUUGGUUGUAUUUCUCCCUCUUAGAAUACUAACAGCUCUUCUAAAGAAGAUGCUGCUCAGAGAUGGUAACUUCUUUGUCAGUCUUACUGGCUGAACAGGAAUCAUUCCUUCCUUUCUGCAGGGGCUCAUGCUAAAAGGCAUUUCUGACAUAUUUUGCAAUUGGUCUUUGCUUUCUUCCUGCUCAGUGAGAUGACCGCUGUGCACUUUAGUGCAGUUGAAGCCAACCCUAGCUUUCAUCUGCCACCAAGUCUAUUUAAGGCAGACACUCACCUUUGGCUCCCUUGAAGUGUAGCUUUAAGGAAAAACAGUGACUCCUUUCUUCUCACCUUGCGUCAGUGCUCCAAUUAAAUAUGUACAGUAACAUGCUCUAGAGAGAUGAACAUGGGAGUCAAAUCAACUGAUGGCAAGUUAGUAUGAAGGUGAUUUGGCUCUCUUCUGUACUGCUUCCUUUGGAGACAGAAAGAUGUUUCUUGUGCACUAAUGGUGAACAGCAAUGGUGAAUUAAAUAAGGGAUAUAAAAUGCUUUGAAACAAUAUAACUAUUAUAUUUUUAAACAGGAGCUUAGUAAUUUAUUAUUAGUGUCCAUAUCCAAUUUUAUUGUGAGAGGUUGCUCAGGUACUUUUAUUAUAUUGAAAGCGAUAUUAUUUUGUCCUUAAUUAAAAAUUAAAUAAACUGAAAUGUUCCAUAUAA